GGCUUAUGACUUUGACAUAGAGUUUGUCAAAGGUAAGAAAAACGUGGUGGCUGAUGCCUUAUCUCGGAGACCUCACUUAUGUGCUCUGGCAGAGAUUUCAGGAGAUUGGAGAGAUCAGAUUAUAGCAGAGUAUGUCGGAGAUGCUUGGGCUUCUGGAUUGAUUUCAGGUACUAUACAGGAUGAUCGCUAUGAGGUGAUAGAUGGAUUGAUCAGAGUUCAGGACAGGGUUUAUUUGAUUCCGUCAUCACAUUUGAGAGAGGUGAUACUAAAGGCAUUUCAUGAUGCACCCACAGCUGGGCAUCCGGGGAUCUUCAAGACCUACAGGCAGAUCCGAGAGCGGUUCUCAUGGAGAGGGCUCAAGGAUGAUGUUCAGAGGUAUGUCAGGGAGUGUGCGGUUUGUCAACAGAAUAAGGGAGAGCACACAUUUCCUGCAGGUUUAUUACAGCCCUUGCCCAUUCCUGAUAGGAAAUGGGAAAGUAUUUCGAUGGACUUCAUCAUUGGGUUGCCACGAGUGCAGGGAAGGGAUUGCAUCUAUGUGGUGGUGGACCGCUUGACGAAGUUCGCUCACUUCUUUGCUAUUCCGUCCAUUUACACAGCAGCACAGGUGGCAGAUCUUUUCUUUAGAGAGAUAUUCAGGUUACAUGGGUUGCCCAGAUUCAUUGUCAGUGAUUGGGAUAGUAAGUUUAUGAGUGUUUUUUGGCAGGAGUUGUUUAGGUUGUGUGGUACAGAUCUUACACCUAGCACUAGUUAUCAUCCGUAGACAGAUGGGCAAACAGAGAUUGUGAAUAAAUGAGUGGAGGGAUAUUUGAGGAACUAUGUAACUGCACAACAAAAAGCUUGGGUCAAAUGGUUGCAUAUGGGAGAGUAUUGUUAUAACACCACUUAUCAUAUGUCCAUCAGGAUGACUCCUUUCAUGGCACUCUAUGGUUAUGAUGCACCUAGCUUCAUGGAUUUAGUUUUGGGGGACAACAGAGUGCCCAAAGCCAAAAACUUAUUGCAGGAUAGUCAGGACAUCCUGAAAGUGCUCAAGGAGAAUAUAGAGCAGGCCCAGAAUCAACAGAAAUUGUACGCUGAUCAGCACCGAAUAGAGCGCAGUUUCGAGGUAGGGGAUAUGGUUUACUUGAGGCUACAACCAUAUAAACAGUUAUCACUCAAGAAGAGCGGAGCUGAAAAGUUGAAGCCUAGAUUUUAUGGUCCCUACAGGGUGAUUCGCAGAGUGGGCGAAGUCGCCUAUGAGCUUGAGCUUCCAGAGGGCAGUCGGGUGCACAAUGUAUUUCAUGUGUCUAGGCUUAAGAAAGCUAUUGGUCAGAGUGUAGUACCUUCUGCAGAUUUACCUCCUUUGGAUGAGGAGGGGAAGCUCGUGUUAGUACCUGAGGCUAUUCUGGACACCAGAGAGAGGAAACUCAGAAACAGGAUAGUGAAGGAGUAUUUGGUCAGAUGGAGAGACCUGCCGGAGGAAGAUGCUACAUGGGAGAAUGAGCAGGUGAUACAGCAGGCUGGACUGAGAUUGCUUGAGGACAAGCAAUUUCAAGGGGGGCGGAUUGUAAUGUCCCCACUCUAGCAGAUUGACCAAGUAUAUGUGCGUUAGCCUAGCUCUACAUGGUCCCGAGGGCUAACGAAGGGUUUAAAGGGAUCCUAGAGUGUUUUGGCCUAGUCAUUUCCAGUUUGGGCCAAAACGAAGUUGAUUUACUUAGUUUCAGGCAUACUUACUAUUUUUAGUAAGUCAGCAGGACACAACGGGGGCUAGUUUUGGUGAUUGGAUUUGAUACUCCUUGGCGAGAGCUUUCCGACGAGCUGUCACUCACGUUAUUCGGAGUCCGAUUGCUAAUAUAUUUUAAUGCCUGAAGUUUUAUUAAAGUAACAUUUAAUUUAAUUGUAAAAUAUUAAAGUGUUACUUUAAUAUUUAUUUUAUGGAGAUAUGUGUAAAUCAAAGGGGCAACCAAAGGAGACAUAAGUGAAUAUUUUAAUAUGUUUUAUAUUGAACAUGUUUUAUCCCACAUUGCUUGAGUGAGUUGGGUCGCCCCUUGGAGAAAGAAUAAAAGGGAGCUUUUGUGGCUUCAUUGGGCAUGUGGAAUAUGAGAAGAAUUUGGUGUGUGAGUUGCAGAUCCGUUCUUGGCAUUAGAGGACGUCUAUCCUCUCUUGUGACAUUCUAGACGUCAUUCCCUUGGGGUUUGGCCUUUGGAAUCCUUUGCUAUCAGCUUCAUUUACAGGCAGAUUGGGUGCUUUUCCAGCUACAAGCAGCAGCAUUAUUUGGUUGCAUUUCCAGCUCCAGGCCGCGACACUAUUCACGUGGGUACUAUUCACGCGACACUAUUCACGCGGGUACUAUUCACGUGGCACUAUUCACGCGGGUACUAUUCACCUGGCACUAUUCACGUGGCACUAUUCACCUGGCACUAUUCAUGCAGCACUAUUCAUGUUACUGUAGCAGCAGAAUUAGAAACUUUGGUGGGAACAUUAUGUCAAAAUGCUGGAGUAUUUAGUGAGUUGAAAAUAACCUGCUAUGUAUUUGAUUUUUGUUAAUUCUGGAAAUAAUAUUAUAACAGCAGUAGUUCAAUUUCCAGCUUGCCUAUUAUUGUAAAUUCUUUUUAGUCAUGUUAUGUGGUUUCAUACCUGUGCAAAGACUUAAAAACAAAAAAAAACAUUGAAACAUUAAACGGAGGAAUAAGGAGUUGGCUGCAAACUGUUUGACUAAAUUCCUAUCAGCAGUGGGGUUAGUUUUUGGGCAUUCUAGGGUGCCCACUACAGAUUCCUUCUUUGUGCCUCGCACUAUUCCUGGGUCCCAACCGUCGCUUGAGGGAAUGGGUUGGAACAAGGAGGUCCAUGAUGCUGCUAAAAUGGCAGUUGGCAGGUUUUGGAGCUAUAGCCGUAUUCCAUUCUUUGUAGCCAGGUCUCCUUAUUUGCAACAAAUGGUUGAUGCCAUUACCAUAUGCGGGGCGGGGUUCAAAGCCCCUAUUGAGAGUGAUUUGAGGGGACCCAUUUUGUCUCAAAUGGUGGAUGAUUUGAAGAAGGAUUUAGAUGAACAACACUAGAUAUGGAGCACUAAAGGGGGCACCGUUUUCAUCAAGUCCAUUGAUGCCUCCGCCCAUUGCAAGAAUGCCACCUACCUAUGUGAGCAGAUAGAGGAGGUGAUUGAAGAUGUGGGUGAGGAGAACGUGGUACAGGUGGUGACCGACAAUGCAGCAAAUUAUGUUGCUGCGGGUAGACUAUUGAUGGAGAGGCACCCAUCUAUAGUUUGGACUCCAUGUGCUGCUCAUUGCAUUGACCUCAUGUUGGAGGAUAUUGGAAAAAUCCCAUGGGUCAAGAGAUGUGUAGAAAGGGCAAGAGAUGUGUAGAAAGGGCAAGAAAUGUCUGCAAAUUUGUAUAUAAUCAUUCAUGGGUGUUGGCUCUUAUGAGACAAUACACAGAGCAAAAGGAGUUAGCUCGUCCAGGAAUCACAUUAUUUGCCACAAAGUUCCUCACAUUGCAGUCCAUGCUUAGGUCUAAAUCUGCCUUGAGACGUAUGAUUGUUGAUGAGGAGUGGUCUUCCUCAUCCUAUGCUACCACCCCUGCAGGGAAAGAUAUGGCAGACUGUAUUUUUGAUGAGCAAGGCUUUUGGGUCCCUUGUGAUGAGAUAGUGAAGUUUGUUAAGCCCUUGGUGGUUUUGUUGCGAGUUGCGGAUGGAGAUAAGCCCGCAAUGGGCUAUAUAUAUGGGGGCAUGGAUAGGGCGAAGGAGGCCAUCAGAUUCGUCUAUGGAGGAGAUGAGAGCAAGUAUGGUCCCAUUUGGGAGAUCAUUGAUAGGAGAUGGCAUCAUCAGCUUCAUAGGCCCAUCCAUGCGGCAGCCUAUUAUCUGAAUCCGGCAUUCCGUUUUAUCCCUUCUUUCAAGGCUGAUGUGGAGGUCCUUAAUGGGCUAUAUGCAAUCAUGGAGAAGAUGGGACCUGCUGGUACUUCUCAGAUAGACCUUUUUCGAGAGCUACAGUUGUUCUCAGAUGCACAAGGGAAGACCUUCUCUCGUCUUGUCGCCAAAGACGGUAGGACAACUAUGAUGCCAGAUCAUUGGUGGAACUUUUUUGGCCCAGAGACACCAAAUAUUCAGAAGUUGGCCAUUCGCAUCUUGAGCCAACCAUGCAGCGCAUCAGGUUGUGAGCGCAAUUGGAGUAUGUUUGAGCACAUACACUCCAAGAGGCGCAAUAGAUUAUCUGUGGAGAAGAUGAAUGAUCUCGUCUUUGUUCACUACAAUCUCCGCCUGAGAAUGAGAAAGAAUGCAAUAGUUGACAUGUCUCCUAUCAUUCUAGAUGAGGUUGAUCUUGAAGCAGAGUGGGCCAAUGAGAAUCAGACAGCUCCUGGGACUCCUAUAGUUGUAUUUAGUGAUGAUGACAUUGAUUGGAUCGACCAGGUAGAUAUAGAGGCUGAGGUUGUAGUCAUGGCAGAGGAGGAGCAGAGAGCACGAGCAGAGACAGGAAAUACUGAGACUGAGAGUGACACAGCUGUUCCUGAUGUUGGUGAGCAUGACACAGUUGUUCCUGAUGUUGGUGAGCAUUGCAUGGUGUCACGGGGAGCGACUAUGGCUGCUGAAUCAUCCAGGACCUACUUUAAUGCCUUCGCACGGGGCCAGGGCGAGAGGGUGCACGACCCGCUGAGCCAUAGGCUUGUACACUUGUAGUUGUAUUUAGUAUUUAGUAUUUAGUAUUUACCUUUGGUAUUUGUAUGAAACAUUUGAUGAUGAUCAUAUGAUGACACGGAUUUUUUAU